AUGGGAGAGCCUCAGCAAGUGAGUGCUAUGCCCUCACCACCAUUGCAGUACAUCAAAGAGUUCACUGAUGAAAAUGUCCGCAAGGGGUUGGUCCCCAAACCACCAAUGCCCAUCAAGGACAGCUACAUGAUGUUUGGUAACCAGUUCCAAUGUGAUGACAUUAUCAUCCGUCCCCUGGAGAGCCAGGGCAUUGAGCGACUGCACCCUCAACAGUUCGACCACAAAAAGGAACUGAGGAGACUCAACAUGUCCAUACUGGUCAACUUCCUGGACCUACUGGACAUCUUGAUACGAAGUCCUGGAAGUAUAAAGCGAGAGGAGAAGCUGGAGGAUAUGAAACUUCUGUUUGUUCACAUGCACCACCUCAUCAAUGAAUACCGACCCCACCAAGCCCGGGAGACCCUGAGGGUGAUGAUGGAGGUGCAGAAAAGACAACGCCUGGAAACUGCCGAGAGGUUCCAGAAACAUCUUGAAAGGGUGGUAGAGAUGAUCCAGAACUGUUUGGCUUCAUUGCCCGAUGAUCUACCCCUGCCUGAUGGCGAUGUCACGGUUAAGACUGAACAUGUAGAGGAUCCAUGUUCUGACCAGAAGGACACCCCCACAGAGACUGGCAGUUCAUCCAAAGAGGCACCAGCAGACAAAGAUGCAGCCAUGUGUGUUAUCAUUGAUGAGAUGACAUAG